AUGAAUCCAUGGACCCGACCUGCCUUGGAUCAACAGUCCUGGAUGGUGGAGAUGGUGAAAUGGUGUGAAGAUGGUGUGACUUCUUUUCACACUUUGGGUUCGGCUGAUUCCUACACGAGUAGACCCUCGGACUCCGACCUGUCCCUGGAGGAGGAUAAGGAGGCGUCUCGGCGGGAAGCCGAGCGCCAGGCCGUGCUGCAGCUCGAAAGAGCCAAGUCCAAACCUGUGGCUUUUGCAGUGAAAACUAAUGUGAGUUACUGCGGGGCUCUCGAUGAGGACUGUCCUGUGCAGGGCGCUGCCAUCAACUUUGAAGCCAAAGACUUUCUCCACAUCAAAGAGAAGUACAAUAAUGACUGGUGGAUCGGACGGCUGGUAAAGGAAGGGGCUGACAUCAGCUUCAUCCCGAGUCCAGCCAAACUGGAAGCUAUGCGUCUCAAACAGGAGCUGAAAGCUGCACAGAGGAAAGCAGGAGGGAAUGCACAGUCAGGAGGCUGGAGGUCAACUCCUCCAUCAUCUGCCAAACAGAAGCAAAAGCAGACAGAGCACGUUCCACCAUAUGAUGUUGUACCCUCCAUGAGGCCGGUUGUGCUGGUCGGACCCUCACUGAAAGGCUAUGAGGUGACAGACAUGAUGCAGAAAGCACUGUUUGACUUCCUAAAACACAGGUUUGAUGGAAGAAUCUCUAUCACGCGAGUGACUGCAGAUCUGUCUCUGGCCAAAAGGUCUGUGCUCAAUAAGAAAGCCAUUGUAGAGAGAUCCAACACACGCUCCAGCUUAGCUGAGGUCCAAAGUGAGAUAGAGAGGAUAUUUGAGUUGGCAAAGUCCUUGCAGUUGGUGGUACUCGACGCAGACACUAUUAACCAUCCAGCACAACUGUCAAAGACGUCCCUCGCUCCCAUCAUUGUGUAUGUCAAAGUUUCAUCGCCGAAGGUUCUCCAAAGACUCAUCAAAUCCAGGGGAAAGUCUCAAAGCAAGCACCUAAAUGUACAGAUGAUGGCAGGAGAUAAACUCGCCCAGUGUCCACCAGAAAUGUUUGAUGUCAUACUGGAUGAGAAUCAGUUAGAGGAUGCAUGUGAACACUUGGCAGAGUAUCUCGACAUCUACUGGCGUGCAACUCACCUGCCGAGCUCAGCCCCUGCAAACCCCCUAAUAGAGCAAAAGGUGGUAACCCCACCAUCAGGCAACUCCAGCCAACAGUUCUCUGAGACACAGGAAUUGAUUGAAUGAGUGCUGUCAACGCCCUGGCUUACAGUACAGGUGGUGGAAAGUUCCAGUGCUUCCCUCGGUCCGUCUCUCAGAGGUCAGCCCCUCUCGGCCCCUGUGAAUGGAGCAGCUGCCCCCUGAGGGGGAGGAGGAUGGAGAGAUGAGGAUAUAUUAAGAUGAGGAUGAACUCCACCAAACCGGGCACACAGAAGGCACCACCUCGAUCCGUAACUAGCACAGCCAUGCGUGCCCCGUCUCCACAACUCAGGACCGCGCCACUGCAGCACAACGUACACAUACACAGAUGCAACACAAUACCUUGCAGCACACAUUUAAGAGCCCUAUUCGGAUAGGAUUUAUUUUACGUGGGGCGUUGAUUCUUUACAGGUGCUACUCAGUGAUAUCUUAUUUUUGUCCUGAUGCGCAGUGUUGGUUUGUUUCUCUGUCCUCACCUCAAAUUCCAGCCAAAAAUUCCUACUGGUCUGGUCAUUUUAGUGAUAAGAUAUUUCUGCAAUUUGGGCUUUGGUGUUGUAAAACGUUUUUCAACCAUUUGUACAUGCUUCUAUGUGUGUUUAGUGUUCUAUGUGCUGACACACAGCAGUCCCUAUUAAAGGAUACAUUGGGAUAGGUUCACCAAAACAAAUCUAGCAACCUUCACUGGUAGCCCAUCAAAAGUAAAUUAAAUCAUAGUAUAAUGACUCAGACCUAUUCAUAUUUAUAUCACAAGGAAAGCUAUAAAACUUCAAAUUAUUUUCGUGCCAAAAUAUUAUGACAUCAGUUUAUAAUUGUAACUCCACAUUAUAACUACUAGUAAACAAAUCCUCUACUGCCGGUGGCAUAUAUGGUAUCCCUCAAGGAUCGGUCCUCUGGCCACUUUUUUUCACCUUAUAUAUGCUUCCCCUUAGCCAGAUCAUCCACAAACAUGGUCUUAGCGUUCAGAGUUACACAGACAGAUUUAUUAGUAUUUAUCUCAGUACAAGGUCCACCAAAGCUUUUCCUCCCACCUCUUUAACUGAAUGUAUUCAUGAUUACAUGAUAUAAAGUCAUGGAUGGAAACCAUCUACCUUAAAUGAAACCCUUACUUGUUACCCAUAAAACCCUUCUAUUUCCACUUUGACAUUGUUUGAGUCAUAUUAACCCAUUUACAAAUCUAGAUCUAAUGCUUACAACACUUACUUAAUACUUACUUCUCACUUACAAAGCAUUACAUGUGUCUUGUUCUGCCUUAUCUGUCUGAGCUGCUACACCCCUACACCCCUGCCCAGACUCUCAGGUCAACUACUACUGGUUUGCUAGUCAUGCCCAAGACCAGACUAACAUCAGGGGAAGGCAGAUUAUCCUCCAGGACCUUCAUGACUGCACUUACUUCUUUAUAAAUAAAUUCUUUCUUCACCAACAUAUCUUCCCUUCCUUCACCCAGUAGGAUAAUGUUUUGUUAAUAUAUACAUUUAUUUGUA